UCCAGACACUUCCCGUUCUUGGCAUUCCAACCGCCGGAAGUCGGCCGAUGCACUUCCGGUCUGUUCAAACGCCCGCGCAGCGGAAGAGGCUGUGAUGUCCGUGCCUUACGUUGUGACUGAGGCGGCAGCCGGGUGUCCUGUCUACCCUGCUUCUCUUCCUCGUUAUCAGGACUCUCGGGCGCGGGGAGUGCUUCUAGGCAGGGAAGCCUCUCGCAUCAUGGAGACAGAGAAGGAAAAGACCGGGGGGCACCUAGGGAAGGGCAGAAAGAGGAGACAGGUCCCCAACCAGCUGGUCCGGGCGACAGAGGCGAGGAGAGCCCGCUGGGCUCAGGAGGACAUGCAGCCCGAGGCCAAGAAAGCUUGCUUAUCUACCGUUUUAUUUGCUGGUAAUUGUGAAAUAACCCAUGGCCAACUGUGUGAAUUGCUGAAGUAUGCAGUUCUGGGCAAAUCCAUUGUUCCUAGACCCAGUUGGUGCCAGAUUUUUCACCUAAACCACCUAAACAAUGUGGUGGUUUUUAUUCUUCAAGGAAUGAGUCAACUGCAUUUCUACAAGUUCUAUAUGGAGUUUGAAUUUCUCCGAAAGACAUUCAGACAUAAAUUCUGCUUGCCUCCUCCAUCAUCCAGUUUUCUAGCUGAUAUCAUUGGCCUGCAAAAAAAAAAAGCUGGAGAUCUGCCCAAGACCAGUGAAGGAUCUUUACCUUCUACUAGUUCAAAAGCCAACAUCAACCUGCAUGAUGACCCCAUCAUUCAAAAGUAUGGCUCUGAUAAAGUAGGCUUGACCCGAUGCCUUCUAACAAUGGAAGAAAUGAAAAUGUUUCGCUUUCCAUUACAAGGUUUUCCUGACUAUGAAAACUUUAUACCUACCAAAUGUAAUGGUUUUGUAACAGACAACAGUCCUCUCUUUGGACUUGACUGUGAAAUAUGCCUCACAUCCAAGGGGAGAGAAGUGACACGCAUCUCACUGGUAGCUGAAGGGGGCUGCUGUAUUAUGGAUGAACUGGUCAAACCUGAUGACAAGAUCGUGGACUACCUCACCAGAACUUUCCAGGAAGGAAACCUUUUUAAUAUUAUGGCCUGUCCAUUUGUCUUUUUUAUUGAAAGCUUUUCAGGAAUCACAAAGACUAUUCUUAACUCAGUGACAACCAAACUCAAAGAUGUACAGAGGCAAUUAAGAACACUGCUUCCUCCUGAUGCUGUGUUAGUGGGACAUUUGCUAGACUUGGAUCUCAGAGCAUUGAAAAUGAUACAUCCAUAUGUUAUUGAUACCUCAUUGCUUUAUGUCAGAGAAAAGGGCAGAAGAUUUAAGCUAAAAUUCUUAGCCAAAGCUAUUUUGGGGAAAGAUAUACAUCGUCCAAACAGGCUUGGUCAUGAUGCCACAGAAGAUGCUAGAACGGCCCUUGAAUUGGCUCAGUAUUUCCUUAAGUAUGGUCCAAAGAAGAUUGCAGAACUCAAUCUAGAGUCUCUAGGUAGUCACCAAAAACUGCAAACAGCAGGCCAAAAGCCGAGAAACAGAACAGAAGUUCAGCACCCAAACACAAGUAUUUUAGAAUGCUUAAACUCAAUGGGUCAGAAGCUCCUUUUUGUGGCACAGGAGACAGAUGCUACUACUAAACUUUCUUCUUAUGGAAACUGUGAAACUAUUAAGUGCCUUUCAAAUAAAGAGGUCUUUGAUCAGGCCAGAGUGGAAGUUCCCCUGUUUCCCUUCAGCAUUGUCCAGUUCUCUUUUGAGUCCUAUUCUCCUGUCCUCACUGAGGAGAUGAGUAAAAGGAUGAAGACCAAGUGGAAAGAGAUGUCAACUGUCUAUGCUGGGCCAGUUAGCAAAACUUGCAGCUUCAGAGCUCUGAAGAGGCUGUUGAAGAGCUUUGGCCCAAUUCAGUCAAUGUCUUUUGUUCUUGAAACCUAUCAGCUUUAUCUUUGUGUGCAGUAUGAAGUCCUGGAAGCUGCUCAGCUAGCCAUAGAGUCCUUGAAUGGCAUUAUGGUGGACGGUAUCUACAUCAAGGUGCAGAGGCCUGUGACAGAGCUUACCCUUGACUGUGACAUACUUGUGAAUGAGCUGGGACGAGAUUCUGAGAACCGAGAUACUAUUUAUCUGUCUGGAGUGAGUGAAUCCUUCAAAGAAAACAUGUUCCAGCAGUGUGACCACUUCCCAGGCCUAGAAGCUGUGAUCCUGCCUAAAUAUCUUGAAAGUGGAAAGCAGAAAAAAUACUGUUUCCUGAAAUUCAAAACUUCUGGUAGUGCCCAGAGGGCCCUCAGCAUUCUCACAGGCAAGGACUGGAAGCUGAAAGGAAGGGGGGCCCUAACCCCCAGGCACCUCCACGAAUGGCUCAGGAGCUUCUCACCUGAAUCAAGAAGGCCUCCCGGGCUUCGAAUAAUACCUUGUCCUUCAGAGCAGCAGGCUUUGCAGACUCUGAAGUCAGACCAUCCAAAGAUAGCAGCCUGGCACUGGGGCCAGAAGAUUGGAAAGCUCUACCACAAUAUGGACCCAGGAACCCUCUGCCUCGUCCUGCUGCCAGGAUCCAAGAGCAGCAUUUAUGGAUCACUCCCCGGCCUAGGACUAAUGGGAAUAAAAGAUGAAGAGGGAUGCACCACCACAGGCAUGGCUUUGUGAGUCUGCCCACCGCUUUCCACAUGUCAUUUCUUACCUUUCAUGAGUGGCUGCCAGGCCUCUUCAUCCAUCAGACAGCUUCUGUGGAAAUGUGGUGUACCAGCUAAAGGAAUCUGUUCCAUUUACAAUGCCAUGGACAAAUUUUCAUUAAGUGCCUAAAGUUCAAGCAUUCCUCAUCUUAAAGGGAGAAACCAGUUUUAUUUUCUUUUUGUCAGUAAGUUUAUACACACAGUUGCUCAUUUCAUGUAGCACUCCCAUGAAAUAGUAUAUACUGAUAAGGAAGUCAGGAAGAACGACUUUUGUGUGAGAAAACAGCCGAAUAAGCAGUUUGUCAAAGUUGUAAUAGAUAUUUGAAUAAAGCAAAUUUCUGUACGGCA